AUGUCGAAAUCUGAUAGAGCCAGCAGUAACUACAAGAAGGGUGGCCGUACAGGAGAAAAGAGGGAGAAGAAGAAGUUCAUGGCGCUGAGAGAUCACUUGGUGCCGACUAUGUACCCCGGAGCGGCGUAUAUCGACACGCAUUGCCAUCUCGAUACUACGCUGGCGAUGUUGAAGCAGAAAGGAAGCUCGGAUGAGGACGUGAAGAACGAGGUCGACCUUGCAAACAUGCUUUUCACGUCGGAGUUGAGAGCUGUUGUCGACGUGUUUUGCGAUAUACCCGUGAGCGAUGCGUGGAAGGACUUGGGCAGUCAGACGAGGUGGAUUUCAGGCGAGGGAAGGCAGUGGGGCGGGGAAUAUUAUUUCACGAUGGGUUGUCAUCCGCAUAGCGCGAGGCUGUAUGGGCCCGAUGUCGAGGCACAGAUGAUGCAGGCGUGGUCGCAUCCACGGUGUGUUGCGGUGGGGGAGUGUGGAUUGGACUAUAAGAAGAAUCAAUCAACGCAGAAAGAGCAGGAGGAAGUAUUCAUCCGCCAAAUCGAGAUCGCGUCAAAGGUCUUUAAUAAAACCCUCGUCGUCCACACGCGCGAAGCCGAGGCCGACACGCUCCGUAUCCUCAAGACGCAUCUUCCGCGGAACCACCGUCUGCACGUGCACUGCUUCACCGACUCUGCCGAAAUGGGUCUCGAGAUCCUCGAGCACUUCCCCAACGCCGUGAUUGGAAUCACGGGAGUGAUCACCUUUGCCUCUCUGCUGACGACGACGGGACUAAUCCGCUCCGGCGGCCUGCGGGUUCUCGACCGUCUCGUGCUCGAAACCGAUGCGCCGUUCAUGGUGCCGAAUUCGCUGAUGAAGAACGCGAAUAGAGCAAAGAUGGGCAUUUAUGCGGUCUCGCACUCGGGCAUGAUCCCCGCGACGGCGGAGAAGAUUGUCGAGUGCUUGCGCGAGGGAGGCGAGGAUGGGGUAACGGUUGAGGACGUGUUGAGGAUCACGACUGAGAACGCGAGACGGGUUUAUGGGUUGUAG